AUGACUACGACCGGAUGUGCAAAAUUUAGUGAUUUACUCAAGGAUGUUCAAUUUUCUACAGUUAUAGUCGAGGAAGCUGCAGAAGUUUUUGAAGGGCAUAUAUUAGGAACUCUAAGUUAGUAAACAGACUAAUUAAUCUUAAUAGGAGAUCAUCAGCAACUAAGACCAUCUCCAGCUGUUUAUGAGUUAGAGAAAAAAUACAAUUUGAGCAUGUCAAUGUUUGAGAGACUAGUGAAAAAUGAACAUUAAUAUUGUACAUUAAAUAAUUAGAGAAGAAUGAGACCUGAAAUAUCAAAAAUGAUAAAGUUCCUGUAUCCUAAUCUUUAAGAUGAUAUACGGGUAUAAGGGUAUCCAGAUAUUUGUGGUUUAAACAAAAACUUAUUCUUUUUCAAUCAUAAAUAGUUAGAAAAGCAAGAUGAUGGAUUAAUGUCAAAACUUAAUGUAUUUGAGGCUGAAAUGAUAGAGAAGUUUGUAAAUUACUUAUUAAGAUAGAAUUACAAACAUUCAUAGAUAACAGUCUUGACAUUGUAUUAAGCUCAGUCAGGAUAUAUUAAAAAACUCUUUAAAUAAAAAAAUAGUCCUCUUGAUCCUAUUCAAUAUGUUAAGGUAGUCACAGUAGACAACUAUUAAGGAGAGGAAAACGAUAUUAUUAUCUUAUCUUUAGUCAGAUCUAAUUUGUAAAACAAUAUUGGCUACUUAAAGGUAAAUAACAGAGUAAAUGUAGCAUUAUCAAGAGCAAAGCUUGGCAUGUAUAUCUUUGGUAAUUCAGAGUGCAUAUUGAAAUGUAUUCAGAAAAGUGUAGACAGCUAUGAGUAUCUUUGGGGUGAAGUAAUUUUAUACUUGAAAGAUCAAGGGUAUUUCGGUGACUCUUUGAUGCUUUGCUGCAACUUUCACAACAAUAUUACAGAAGUUAGGACAGUAAAUGAUUUUCAAAAAGUGCCAGAAGGAGGUUGUCUUGAGGUAUGUAAUGCUAGAAUGGAUUGUGGUCAUCAAUGCACACGAGUAUGUCAUUAUUUCAAAUAAAGUUCUUCGGACCCUAGUGGUCACAAAAAGGUCUAAUGCAAUAAGACAUGUGAUAGAGUAAAUCCAUGCGGUCAUAGUUGCUAGAAUGAAUGCUAUAAGUGCAAGGAUUAGUUGUAGAAAUGCCUCGAAGAAAUAGAGAUUUAAAUGGAGCCAUGUGGACAUGUAAAUAAAUUUGCUUGCUAUUGGAGACAAAAUGCAAAAUGCUAAUAUGACUGUGAAAAAGUAAAACCUUGUGGUCAUAAAUGCAAUAAAAAAUGUUAUUAUGAUUGCAGUGAAGAUACUUGUGAUCAAUAUAUUGAAAAGAGAUUACCAUCAUGUGGUCAUAAUAUCGAAGUAAAAUGCCAAAUAGAUCCUAAAGUAUUUGAGACUACUGAUUAAUUUGGAUGCUACAAAGAUUGCUCAGGAAUACUAGAUUGUGGACAUCCUUGUCCAGAGAAAUGUGGAGCUUGCUAAAAAAAGAAGUUCCAUGCCCAAUUCCCUGUGAGUAAUAAUGCUAUUUCCAAUGCAUGCAUUCUAAGUGUCCUUAAUAAAAAUGUGGAGACAUAUGCGAGCUUUGUUCAGAAGAAUGCAAUUUAGGUUGUAUACAUUCAAAAUGUACCAAAAAAUGCCGUGAAUAAUGUGAUAGAGUUCUAUGCAAUGAGAUAUGCCAAAAAGAUUUAUCAUGUGGGCAUAAAUGCAUUGGAAUUUGCGGGGAGUAAUGUCCCAAAAUUUGUCGAGAGUGCCAUUCAAGUAAUGAGGUUUAUAUUUUAAAAUAGAGAAGAGAGCAAGUAAUCAUUAUCGCAAAAUGAAACUAUUUUGAAAUUUUACUAAUGCCCAAAAUGUAAAACAAAUGUUAUAAAAUGUACGAGAUAUCAAAAUAGAAUUAAUGUUGUUUUUCAGAGCAUGCUUGAAAUGAAGAAAUAUGUUUAGUAGAAAAAGGAAACCAUUUAAAUAGCAAGGGAUGAUUUAUUUAGUGGUAUCAAAGAUUUGAUUGGUGAAACUUAAAAAGAUUUCGAUUAAAACUUGAUAAUCAUUUUGAACCCCAUAUUUUUGGAGUGGGCAACUCUAAAACAUCAAUUAAGAAAUGUUCAAAGCACUUUUGAACUUGAAAGAAAAUUCAAAUUGAUUAAGUGUCUAGUAACAUUCGGUAAACAGAUGAGAAUACGAAGAAUUGAUUAUAAUGAUACUGAAUCAAUAGCUUAUUAAACUUGCCAAAAUUUGUUCCAGCUAAUUUUAAAGAAGAAAUUUGUGAUUUCAAAUACAGACUACUAAGAGAUAAUGACUUAUGCAUUAAGUCUUAGAUUUUGA